AUGAUCGUGGCGGUUAUCUACACUGGUGAAAUAGCCACUUGUUAUUACUACUCGACUUUUAGAUUCCCCAGUCGAUCCACUCAAAAGUUUAAAGCACCUGGAAACAUGGUGGAGGAAAACCUUAACAACAACAACAACAUCAACAACGUCACCAACACCAGAUCUACAUCACCAAAUGCUACAAAUGCUGCAAAUGCAAAUACAAACACAUCUCCACGUCGCAAAACCUCAACUAUACCUGAAGAUGAACCUACAGCAACUUUAAAUCGACGUCGUUCCAAUCGUCCGUCUACAGAUGGAAUACCUUCAUCAGGAAAUCGCAGAAGAAGUUCGACUUUCUCGGAAUAUUCGCUGAACGAAUUUAAUAAGAGUUUAAGGGAUUCGACGGAUGAUAUCUUGUUUCCUAAACCUUGCGAUAUGAAGGACGAAAGUAAUCAUGAUAAUUCACCUUGGGAUUCAGCUCCUUUGGCAUUUGCUCUUCUGCCGGCAAUUGGAGGACUUUUCUUUACAAAUGGUAGUUCGGUUAUAACAGAUAUUAUGUUACUUGGGUUCGCAGCCAUUUUGUUGAAUUGGUCUGUGAGAGUACCUUGGGAUUGGUAUCAUUCAGCACAAAAAAUCCGGAAAAGAGGAGAAUAUCAUGAGGAAAUAAUUAGGGAGGAAGAAAAUGGGGAUGAAGGGGUAAUGGAUUCCACGGCCGAGAACCUUCAAGCUACUUCGGACCAGAACCCGAAUCCGCAAUCCAAGACAGAACGACGUCAUUCUGCGCAUGAGACUGCUACCAAUGAACUUUUUAUUCAUGAGUUACUGGCUUUCAUAUCAUGUUUCAUAUCACCAAUAGUUGGAGCAUAUAUACUACAUUCAAUACGAUCACAAUUAAGCCGACCGUCCGAAGGAUUGGUCUCGAACUACAAUUUGACAAUUUUCUUACUAGCAUCAGAAUUGAGACCAAUGGCACAUCUAGUCAGGCUAUUACGAGCAAGAACACUACAUUUACAAAGAGUGGUGAAUUCCAAUCCGUACGAUGAUUCUAUUGGGAAGACGUCCGAGCACAUUCAAGAAUUGGUUCAGAGAUUGGAGAAAUUAGAAACUCGGGCCUCGAAUGUAGACAUAUCUGCCGGAAAUGCACCAGAGCCGCUCUUGAAUGAGAAACAAUCGGCAAUUCUGACAACAGAGGUUCGUCGUACAAUGCAACCAGAUUUAGAUGCUCUCAAUCGAGCUGUACGUCGUUAUGAAAAACGUGCUACACUUCAGUCAUUCCAAACGGAAAGCCGCCUAUUAGACUUGGAAGCACGAUUAAAUGAUGCUAUUUCAUUGGCAGCCGCAGCAGCGAAUAAUUCACAAAGGCGCAGUGCUCUCGGGAUAGUUUUCGAUUGGAUAGCCUCUGCUAUGACAUUUCCAUUACAAGCUUUCGGUACUAUUGCGAGCCUUCCUUUCAAGACACUUCUCUCGGUGGUCAAUUAUAUCCAAUUUUUACUUGGUGGUCAGAUACAAACUGAGAAACCUAAAAGGAAUUCAAAUGGUAGAUAUGCGCCUCACGCAAAAGUUAGUGAUCGUGUACAAGGAAAACUAAGGAGAUGA